AUGUCGGAAACGGCUCCUGCUGAGACGGCUGCGCCGGUCCCUGUGGAAAAGUCUCCUGCCAAGAAGAAGACAGCCAAGAAGGCGGCUGGUGGCGCUGCGAAGCGCAAGGCUACCGGGCCUCCGGUCUCAGAGCUGAUCACUAAGGCUGUUGCCGCUUCCAAAGAGCGCAAUGGUCUGUCCCUGGCAGCACUUAAGAAAGCCCUGGCUGCCGGUGGCUAUGAUGUGGAGAAGAACAACAGCCGCAUCAAACUGGGGCUGAAGAGCCUGGUGAACAAAGGUACCCUGGUUCAGACCAAGGGCACCGGCGCCUCUGGCUCCUUCAAGCUCAACAAGAAGGCUGCCUCCGGCGAGGCUAAAUCCAAAGCCAAGAAGGCUGGAGCUACAAAGGCCAAGAAGCCCGCUGGGGCCACGCCUAAGAAGACCAAGAAGCCAGCAGGGACAAAGAAGGCGGUGAAGAAGACCCCGAAAAAGGCAAAGAAGCCUGCGGCGGCGGGUGUUAAAAAAGUGACCAAGAGCCCAAAGAAAGCUAAGGCGGCUGCCAAACCGAAAAAGGCUACCAAGGCUUCUAAGCCAAAAGCUGUGAAGCCGAAGGCUGCAAAGCCCAAAGCCUCCAAGCCUAAGGCAGCAAAGCCUAAAGCUGCAAAGGCUAAGAAGGCAGCUCCUAAAAAGAAGUAG